UGCCCACUGUGGACGGUUUCAUUCAUCGCUCAGCAGCCGGGAACGACGGUGCUUGUGUUGCUGCCGUAGAGACGAGCUCUUGACCAAGUUGCGUAACGCUUUGCAUCCCACUCAGUCGCUUUCCGUGUUUACACAGUGCGUGCGUGAUCCGUUCUGUGUGCCGUGUGUCCGUGAGCAUUCGUUGGUUCGUUGUACACCCUUCACCUCUACUGAGCCGGUUUUUUUUUUUUUGUUUUUUUGGGGGGAGUGUUAUUUUGCCUAAGCAGUGUUGUGCGUGUUGGUCUUUGUGUUGUUUUUUUUUUCUUUCGGAAAUAAAACCCUCAAUCCGAGCGAGACUCGGCACCACUCCACGGGCUCCCCAAGGUCAGCCGGGCUCGCGCUCGAUAGAGGUCCGCUUUUUCGGGGAGGUGGUAAUUGGAUAGGCGGUGCAGUGACGCGUCCCUGAUACGCCAUUAGUAGUGAGACUUUUCGUUUGUUUUUGUUUCGAGUGAUUUUCGAAAGUGAAAGCCCUUGAGCAAUCCGUGCGCCUAAGUGACCGCUCAGCAUGUCGAUCAAGUACAACGACAAGAACUACCCGUACAUCGAUCUCGGGCGCGGGUACAUCAUCUACCUGCAGGACGACGACUACACCGACCAGCGCUGGAUACUGAAGGCCGAGCAGGAGCUGAACGAGACGGCCGAAAAUAAGGCACGGUCGCUGGAGCAGCUGCGCGAGCUGCUGCGGGACGAGCCGAAGCUUACCGUGCCGCUGGACGAUGAGAAGUUUCUGCUCAAGUUUCUGCGCCCGCUCGGCUACGAUGUGCAGCGGGCGUUCGACUGCAUCCGGCACACGUUCGCGAUGAAGCGCACCUACGGCAAGGAUUACUACGAGGGGCGCAUCAAACCGUCGCACAUACGGCACAUCUACGAUUCGGGCAUGGUGAGCUUCCUGCCGCUGCGCGACGACGACGGCUGCGGCAUAUGCGUUACCCAGCUCGGACGUAAAUGGAACACCACCAAGGUUUCGAUGUACGACGUGGUGGCCCUGUUCCGCAUCAACAUCGAAGCGUCGCUGAUGGAUCCGCUCGUGCAGGUAAACGGCAUACGCAUCAUCUUCGACUUUGACGGCCUGUCGAUGUCGCACGUGGCGCAGGCGUCGCCCAAGCACGCGAUGGUCAGCCUGCAGUGGAUCCAGAAGUGCUGCCCGCUGCAGCUGAAGAGCAUCCACAUCGUCAACAACUCGAUGCUGUUCAACGUGCUGUUCACCAUCUUCAAGCCGUUCAUCUCGAAGGAGCUGCGGGACAAGAUGCACUUCCACAACCGCGACUACAGCGGGCUGACGAAAUGCAUCAGCGCCAAGUGUUUGCCGCCCGCGUACGGCGGCACGCUCGAUGCGCCCGACUGCGAAGGUCAGCUGCUCGGGGACUUUAUGCAGCUGUACGACAAGCACUACGAAGCGAUGGACGCGUUCGGGUACGAGGAAAGCAAUACCAAGUGAAGCACCACCACCACCACCCAUCACAAUCACCUGCUGCAACAGUGCUGCCAAUCUGUGAUCUAUGCCGCAAACGUUUCGUCUCUCGCCCGCCGUCGCACCACGGGUGAAGGCACCGCCACCUCCUCCAGCCCACUCCAGAGCACUCGUUCUGUCACCUUUAUCGUCUAGUUUUCCUAAUGCGACCGGUGUGCUGCUCUGACAUUGACCGACAGCGACCGAUCGACCGAUCGGAUCAUAUCAGCGAUGCAUUGGAUCGCCCCAGAACGGUCGCCUUAGUGCAGUGUGUAAGCGAUUAGGUAAGCUUUUUCGGGUAGUGGGACAUCAUGCUUGAGGGUUAAUUGGUAAGGAUUGCUAGAGAAAAAGCAACCACCAGCAACGCGGCGGUUUGACAUUGAAACGUGCUGCCACCGUUCGGCUGUCUUUUGCAUUGGAGACAUUAUUUUUACUCGCGGGUAUACACAUUAAAGUUCAAGUACCGUACCGGCAGUACCGCGCACUUGUGUGUACCAUGAGCAGUGCUGUGCGCGCAGUGAAGGGCAAGAAGCCUGUGCCGACAGGUUGUUUAUUUAUUGGUUUUAUUGGUAGACGCGUACGAGUUUGGCGUCGUUUUUUCUUUCGAUUUGUUUCUGUUUUGACGAUCAAUACCGCGGCAAUAAAUGAAGCACAGCUAGUGAAUAGUGCAAAAAGAGGAUAGUUUGUCGAGAAUGAGUUAAAAAAAUACAAGGCUUAAAAAACAAACUAUUUCAGUUAUUAAAAGAAUGACUCAAUUCAAGAACAAUUUUAGAAAGUAAAAAGUGAAAGGAAGGGAAUAAUGAUAAGUGUAAUGUGUAAGUCCUUCAAACCGUAAUUAUACUAGUUCCUUACGAUUAAUAAACAGUGUGAAACGAA